AAGCUGGUCUUAACAUUCAUUCGCACCACAAAUCAUUUUUCUAUAUCAAACUUCUUAUCCUUCUUUCUUUGCUCUCCUUUAACUCAACCAUGGCAGAUGAGAUUGUUCUGCUAGAUUUCUGGCCAAGUCCUUUUGCGGCGAGGGUCAAGAUUGCCCUUGCUGAAAAGGCCAUCAAGUAUGAGUCCAAAGAAGAGGACGUGAUCAGUAACAAGAGUCCUCUGCUCCUCCAAAUGAACCCGGUUCACAAGAAAAUCCCAGUUCUCAUCCACAAUGGCAAGCCCGUUUGUGAAUCUCUCAUUGCUGUUCAGUACAUUGAGGAGGUUUGGAAUGACAGAAAUCCUUUGUUGUCUUCUGAUCCUUACCAGAGAGCUCAGGCUAGAUUCUGGGUUGACUAUGUUGAAAAGAUGAUAUAUGAACAUUGGAGCAAGUUUUGGACAUCAAAAGGAGAAGAAAUAGAAAUUGCCAAGAAGGAAUUCAUAGAAGCCCUUAAAUUGUUGGAGGAUCAACUAGGAGACAAUACUUAUUUUGGAGGAGACAAUCUUGGUUUUGUGGACAUAGCACUUGUUCCAUUCUACUCUUGGUUCAAAGUCUAUGAUACUUUGGGCUACCUCAACUUAGAGAGUGACUGCCCCAAGUUUAUUGCUUGGGUCAAGAGGUGCUUGCAGAAAGAGAGUGUUUCUAAGUCUCUUCCUGAUCAGCAUAAGCUUCACGAGUACGCUACGGAGUUAAGAAAGAAGUUAGGAUUACAAUAAAAUUGACUUUUAGUGACAUUUAAUAUAAUUUUUAAUAACAAUAAAAAUUAUUGCAAAAUCUUUUACUAGUAUUUCCACAUUAGUUACUAUAUGUAGUGUUGCUAAAAUAUUUAGUGAACAAUUAUUUUGUAUGCUGGUAAAGACCCUUAUAAUGGUCGGGAAAAAUGUAAAGUUUUUAUGACAUUUUUAGUGACAUUUAAUA